AUGCGCAGGGUGGUGGAAGCGCAUCCUCCCUGUGUGGUCCGCGUGUCUCUGAGUGGUCGGGUGACGCAGGUGGAUGAGAUAGAUUCUCUGUGUGUGUUGCGUGUGUGGUUGAGCGCUCGGCAGGCGCAGGACGGAGGAGAUGCAUCCUCCCUUGGUCGGGUGGCGCAGGUGGAGGAGGUGCAGCUGCGGCAGCGGGUGGCGCGGGAGCAGCUGGACGCGGCGCAGGCGGAGGUGGCGGCGGCGAAGCAGCUGCGCCAGGAACAGCUGCAGACUGCGCAACUGCAGCGCAAGGCGGCAGAGGAGCUCCUGCAACAGCAGCAGGAGCUGCACUCCCUCAGGCUGCAGACACUGAAGCACGCGGUAGCUGCGGCUCUAUCUGAGCCUGCGGCGGAAUCCAUCAUACCAUCCGACCUGCACACGGCGAACUCCGGCAGCGACCAGGCAGCGGCGGCGGCGGCGGCGGCCACCGAGUGAACCCGUGGCCUUCCACAGCCGCUCCGAAGCCAAAACCCUUCCACCCGUGCCACCAUUCGCGUCCCGCAGCUCCGAAAUCUCGGAGGACGUGCGACCCUGGCGGUUGCCACCGCAACUGUGCGAACACCGAGCCACUCGCGAUGAACUGAAGGCAAUGAAAUCUUGGUACUGAUUCGAGUUCCUACGUGUGCAAGAAAAGAUCGAACACGCUUCAUUGAAAAUGUGUUUUACUUGAGCAAGCAGGAGAUGUGCCUAUUGUGAAAAUGUCUUUGUUUUUUGUUGUGUUUGUAGCGUUUUUUACGUUCUAAUUAUUAAUUAAAAAUUUAUUACUGUUCAUCAGUGAUUAGUGUUAACUUUAUUUCCAAAAUAAUUAUUACAUUCC